CACCCACGAAUGAUCGGUGAGUGACUGAUCGUAACUAUCGACCGUGAAAACCUGGGAAUGAAGUAAGUCGUACAAAACCAAUAUGGCGACCUUCAUGCAAAAGAGGUUGAUGUCUUUCUUCGUUCGCUCUAGCGGCCUGUCCAUACGGCAAACCAUACCAGCCAGACAUAACCCAGGUCUGAAGCGAAAAAAGGGGCCUGUGGUCCAAAAAAAGAAAAGACAGACGAUCUCAAACAUCCGAAAAACUGCGGAGGUCGUACCUCCAAUCGAUCCAGAAUCCUUGUUGAAUACAGCGCUGUUGGAAGCAUCGAGGCAGCGAAGGCCGGUGGAAUUAUCACCUGAAGAGAAAGAGAGAAGGACGUUACUCUUAAAAGAAUGGUCGAGAUACAAGAUGCAGCAGCACAAAGAAGAUUUACAGCGCUUUCAGGAACUGGAAAGAUGUCGUCAAGAGGCUUUAAAAGAAUUGAAGAAAACCUCUCCGCUCCUUUACGAAGCUGCCAUUAAGGUUGACGGAGAUUUUUUCCCAAUUGAGUUCAAGGGGCCAACUGAGACGCCACCGAUACCGGACUACUUAGCACCUGACAUGGAGGAUGUCAAAGCAAAGGCCAAAGGAAGACGUUAACCCUUUUGAUCUCGUCACUUUUUUGCUCGGUAUUUUUUGAUACUCCAAGGCUAAAAUAUUCUGUUUGGUCACUCAUCAGAGUCAAAGGGUUAGUAGACACAGAUUGACA